AUGUUUGCCCAGGGCCCUCCUAAUGUGGAAGAAUACGCCCGGAAUUUCAUCCAAGAUCGACGUCGGAAAGCCGUCGUUCUGGCCGACUGCUCAGCUGGAGGGCAAGCACGACAACUCGGCGUUGCAGAGAAGACUGCGAAGCAAGACUGGGACUCGAUUUCCUUCGAGCACUUCAAACCCAAAGAGAAUUUAGACUGGACGACGCAACCCGAAGCGCCUUACAGACCAUGGCACAAUGGUCCUCAUUUCAUCACAAUGGGCAUCAAGCGGACAUGCUUGGAGGACUGGGUCGAAAUUGACCACAAGUAUCUCGAGCGGUAUCGGUACAAAGUGGAGCUCUUCACGCAGCAUCCUGAAAAGACAAUCCAAUACCUUCCAGGGAGCGAAGAAGCUUGUCAUGAGGCACUGAAUCUCCUGGCGGACAUGUUACCCCGGCGCUAUCCUUCUAUGUUUCGAGCAACUGCGACCGGGAUUGCCAACCUGGUAACAGGAGACAAAUGGGACUUACGGAGGGAGUCUUCCACCUGGAAGUCUUAUCACCCCCUGCAAGUCAUGGGCCUCCUGUCUACAGAGGACUGGUUCAUUAUGCAGCCAGAUGAAGAAGACCCGCGAAUCACUCGUCUCCGAGCAGGUGCGAACUGCUUCCCUGCGGGCUGGAAGCUCCAGGAACGUAUCGGCCUCUCUCUAUGGGAAAUCCAUGCAGGUAAAGUCCCUCAGUAUGAAGACAAGCUCGCGAUGUCGAUGGAUCGCUUCUUUCAACGGUUAAGAGUAGAUUCUCCCGUUAUGCGUUUCAAUUACGCCAUCGACAAUAGCUCGGAGCUCUUCCACAUCAACUCCCAUCAUAACUUAGAACCUGAUGGGGCACAUCCUGUUGAGCUGGACGACUUGUUCCUGCGGGUCGAGAGGCAGUUUCUACAACGCCUUCCGAAGUCGAGAGCGAUUGUGUUCUCAAUCAGGACCUACGUGACGCCUAUCAGGGAAGUGACGAAAGACCGUGACGUCGCCCUUGCAUUGAGGACGACUGUUGACAGCUAUGGGCCGCAGUUGGCAGCCUACAAGAACAGGCCGUUGUGGCAGGCCGUUUUAGGGACACAUCUUGACGAGAUUGCUGGGGGAAAAGAAGGACAGCACUAA